AAAAACAUACACAAAUGUUUCUGUCUUGAGAAAGGAUAAGAAACUGUUUUGCUGCUGUUUCUUCGAAACCAACUUUGUUUAAAAUAGCUAAAAGGGGACGCAAGAAGAUAAAUCUGAGCAGGGAGCCGUGUGUUAAAAGGCACACAAAAGGUGCACAGGGAAUAACUAAGAUCAAGAGAGUGUGGAGCCAUGAAUCUAAAUGACUUUGUGGUGAUUUCCAACAAGCCCAAGUCAGUCAAGCUUAAUGCCAGGAACCUGCGAGAGCUGCGCAUGGAGACAGUGACUCUGGCCCAGGAGAGUAAAGACAUGGAGGAUCGACUGCAACAACUCAGAGAGAGCAUGAGCCGGGAGAAAGAGGAGAGAGAACAUGUGCAGAGUGUGGAGAGGACUACUGUGUCGGCUGCUUUGCCAAGUUUCAUCAGAAGGGGGCACUGAAGCUCCACAGAAUGAUCCCCAUUCAGACAGAGAUCCAGACCUCGGUGAGCACACUGGAUGUUGUGAGUCACUUCCAGAGACAAGUUCAGCCCAACCCCAAGUAUGAUUCCCAGAUGGCUGGGAGAGGUGGAGGGGCGAGGGGGCCGGAGAGAAGGACCCAGGCCGCUCCCGCUGUUACACAUACCCACAAUGCACAGGGAAGCCAGGUUUUAGUUGUGAAUCCCUUGGGGGAGGAGGAAGAGGAGUUUGAUGAACUGGAGGAUGAAGAGGAGAAGGAGAUGCUGACUACCUCACUGCUGGGAGGACAAUAUGAUGAGGAGGAGUCAGCUCUCUCCUUUCAGGAGGCACUCAGGCACUGGAGAGGAGAGAGAAGAGAGGGAGGAGAGAGAGGAGAUGCAAUCUGGAGACCCUUCCAAGCACGGACAGUCUUCUCUGUCUCUUUCACUGCCCUGAAAUGA